ACUCUGUCAAACAUAGUUUACAUGUGUUGAAUUAGAUGUAAUUUUGUUUAAAAAAUACCUACUUAAUAAAGAAUAUUUAAAACAGCAAAAUGGGUAAAAAGAAAAAUAAAAAUAAAGUAAGCGGUGCCGUAAAGACCGCUGCAAAAACGGAAAAGAAGUUAGCAAAUAAAUUAAAAAAAGAACUCGCAAAUUUGGGAGAGGAAGAUAUAGCUAAAGUUGUAGCCCAAAUAGAGCGGGAAGAAGCGAAGCGCGCUGCGGCUAGUGAGAAGAAUCUACCCGGGCCUCCGAGUGCCAGAGCGUACGCUACUCUCACGCCGCAUCCCACUCUCAAUGAACUUAUAUUGUUUGGUGGUGAAUACCACAAUGGACAAAAGACAGAAGUGUACAAUGAGCUAAUAUUCUACAACCCUGUGAGCAACAGCUGGCGGCAGGUGAAGGCACCCGGUGCACCACCACCCCGUAGUGCCCACCAAGCUGUAGCUACUCCUGCCAAUAAAGGUGAACUGUGGGUGUUUGGAGGAGAAUUUACAAGUCCAUCAGAGACACAAUUCUACCAUUACAAGGAUCUUUGGUGUUUUUCACUUGCGGAAAAGAAAUGGGAAAAGGUCGUGGCUCCAAAUGGUCCGUCAGCGCGGUCCGGUCAUCGCAUGUCGUUAUUGGGACGGAAACUGCUGGUGUUCGGCGGGUACUGCGACGACGGUCGCGAGUGCCGCUACCACGACGACCUAUUCGCCUUCUCCCUGGAUACCAGGACGUGGGAGAAGAUCACCCCUAAUGGUAGAGGGCCCAGCCCGCGAUCAGCUUGUCUCAUGCUGCCUGCUGGGAAUGAUUCGGUGAUAAUUUACGGUGGUUUCUCGCGUGUGCGCGACGGGAGGACGGAGCGCGCGUGUACGCACACGGAUAUGUUCCGGCUCAGCUGCAGUACGAGCGGGACUUGGGCGUGGCGCUCGCUGGGGGGCGGGGCUCGGACUGCGCGCGCCGGUCUCGCCGCAGCCGUCAACGUGCAUGCCAACAGGGCCUACGUGUUCGGUGGCGUCAAUGAUGUAGAAGAGACGGAAGAGGAGCUCAAAGGAGAGAUGAGCGAUGACCUGUCCGUAUUGGACUUGGAGACGGCGCGGUGGCAUGGUGUCACUCUGCGCUCCGAUCAGCCACGCCCACCUGCCGCUCAAGACACGCCCAAGGAGGAGCCGUGCCCAGAACCUGUCACAGUGAUAACAGACGAGGUGUUCACAAUAAAGCUGGGUGGUGGUCCAGUGGUGACGCGGGAGGAGGGGGCGGGGCGAGAGCGCGCGGGCGCGGGGGGCGGGCCGAGCGCGCGCAUGUCGGCCACGUUGGCCGCACACCGCUCCGUACUAUACGUGUACGGCGGCGUAUUGGAGAAGGAAGAGAAGCAGUUCUAUCUGGGAGAUAUGUACAGCCUUGAUUUACACAAACUGAACGAGUGGAAGACUAUAAUCUGUCAGCCCGCGUUGCCUGACUGGCUCGGCUCAGACUCUGAGGAGUAUGACUCUGAUGGCUCCGACGAGGAGUCUGACAGUGACGACUCUGACGAAUAAACCAGUGAAAGUGUCAAGUGAAUAGUGUUUAAGUGUUAUCAGUGUCUAAAGAUCUAGAGAUUACCAAACUUUUUUUCUUAUUGAACCCCGUCAAAAUUUUCCUUUUUUUGGUGAAACUGUGCUGUCAAUUUCUUUAACUUCCAACAACCCCCAACAAGUCUUCCGUAGACCCCAGGAGGUCUAUCAGGACCACUUUUAAAAGUAACAGUCUAAAGUGAUCAGGGUUUUG